CCUUCCAGCACCGGAGACGAUGUGGGGUCCUGAGAACACUUCGGGCGGGACAGGUUCCUCGGCAGGCUCUUCCACAGCGAGCUCAGUCCUCAGCACGGGCGGUUCCUCCAUAUCGGCGGCGUCCACGGGGGCUCUCAAGAACGGCAUCGGGCUAGCAUGGGCGGUGUCCGGCAGCAGCGGCAAGGGCACGGCCGCGGGCGUGACCACCGGGAUGGGUUCGAGUUCCAUUAGUAUGGCCAAUGUCCUGGACUUCCUCCUGACUGCUACUCAGCUGUACCGCGUUGCCGCCGCCACAACCAACAAGAUCAGGGCGAGCGGAAAGGCGGCCAAGGGCUCGGCCUCCCCUGCCGACGACGUGCCUGGCCUGCGGGGCUCCUCCAGCCUCACCCCCAUCACCACCACCAGCUCCACCUCCUCCUCUUCCUCCUCCUCCUCCACCACUCCAGCUUUGCCCUCCGCCUCCCAGACGUGGGCGCGACUCCUCGCCAACCCCUGCGCCAACUCCCCCGAGCAGACCUUAGCCCUGCUGCAGGUUCUGCUGCAGGACGGUCUGCUGGACUCCAUCCUGCCGUAUAUGGUAUCCUCGCUCAACUUGACAACCACCCCCGCCCUCACGCCCUCGCAUCCUGCGCCGCCUGCCAUCACUCGGUCACGAACGCCCACACCCACGCCCAGCUCGAAAGCAGGAGGCAAAUCUCACAGGUCGCCGACGAGGGACUUCGCCAAGGACGCCGCCAGGAGGUCUCCCCCCCCCCUCCAGAGCCCGGGCAUUGUGAUCCACGUGUGUGACGAGGCGCGAGGGCUUCGCCAGGACUUCACGUGUCCUCGGGAUCUCCUGAUUCACCACAUCGGGUACUUCGCCGAUGUCACUGCUGGUCAGCGUCUAGAGGAUGUAGACAUCUCGGUGCACUGUGACGUCAGCAUUUUCGAGUGGCUGCUGCGGUGGGUCAAGCGAGGUCAGACAGAAGACCAUGUUCCUCCGACUCUUGAACCCAAGACCGCCGUGUCGAUCCUGAUCUCUGCCGACUUCCUGAAGAUGGCGCCGCUGGUGGAGGAGGUCCUGCAGUACGUCCACGACAACAUCAACCUUAUCCUCGAGGCUCAAGUCAAUCUUAGUUGCCUCUCUGAUGCCAUCCUUACAAGACUAGCCUAUCUGUUCACUCACUGGGAGUUGGAAAGUCUACGUGACCGGCGGGACAGAAUCCAGAACAAGCUGUAUGCCAAAUUCCUGCAGGGUUUGUGCGAGGCCUACCCUUCUCCUGCCCGCGGGAUCUUCAAAACGGCUUCCACGCUCUACAGGCAAGGCAAAAACUCACGAGGGAAAUUAUUUGGUGAUCCAGGAGUCUCCUCCAUCACGAACUGCUGGGCGUGGUGCACCGAGUGUGGAAACCUCGUGACUCGGGGCGUGGAGCGCCUGGUGGCCUGCGUGCCCGCCAAUACCUGCAUCACCACGACUGGACAAGUCUACUAUACACAUUCAAGGGACGCGACUUGGAGCCUGACUGAACAUGUGCGGCAACUGAAGACCGACCUGAAGACCUGGAGACUAGUUUACUGGCGGUUGUGGGGUCAGGUACACUUCCUACCGUGCUCCACUUGCGGCGCGGUCUUUCCGGGAAGUGAAAUGAAGUUCUGUCGCCACCACCGCCUCGACGCCGCUUCCUCGGACGUGGACCUGCUCCUUGCUAGUGACACGUACCCUUGCUGUGGUGCCCGUGCCCUCAAGUUCUCCCCUCUGCCCGUGAGGAAUGGUUGCCUCGCGUCUGACCACACUGUGCAACUCAGCCAGGGCGAGAGCGACAUAUGGGGUCCCAUUCCUCUCAUCUAUGACGACCUCCUCACGUUCCAACUCCUCGUUUGCAUCGACCCUCCCUAUCAACUCACCCCUGAAUCCAAGAAUGUGCUAUGGACAGGGGUACCUCUUGUGCCACCUAACAAGGCUGAGCGGAGCUUCCUCGACCGGUCAUGGUUAGCGCACUUUUCUCAUGGUGAGCGAGACAGCCACGCCGCCGUCCGCCCUGGACUGCCAGAGAACACUGCUGCUGCUGCCACGACGGGUGUUAACUUGGGCGUAGGAACGGGCGUGAGCAGUGAGAGUUCAUCGGACGAGGAGGAGGGCGGAGGGCGGCCAGGACUCACGCCCAGAUUAAGAGCCAACCUCAUGCGGAGGGCAAAUCGAGCUCGCCGUUCUGUUAACUGCGAGGUCAUGGCCGAGCCGAGUUUGAGGUGGGACAGCGGCCGCUCCACGCGCCACAACCAGGACGCCCAACGGGAGAAGGAGACGCGCCUGCUGCGGGACCUCACGUCGUGGCUCACCCUGGCGGCCCCCAACGCCCACGACUCGAGCCACGGCUCCCACAAGGGACACCGCGGGCGUCCGGACCGCCGACGCGAGUGCGCGAACGGCCCCGACCCCGGCGUCUACUACCGGCUGGAAUCCGAGUUCCGCGAACGGCACGGCAGCCACGGCCACGGCCACAGCGGCGGAGGCGGCACCUUCAGGGCCAAAGUCCAGGCGAUUUCCAGGAUCAAGAUGAGGCUCAGGCACAGAGCGGCCUUCUCAGCCUCGCGAUAGCUGAUGUGCAGCGAGGAACCUCAGCACGCAAAACACGCUGCAAACAGUAUUCCAAAUCAUAAUCUAAAACGGACAAAAAUUCUAUAUAUUCCUAAAGAUUUUUUCAAGCUGUUGAUCUAACAUUUAGUAAAUAUUAUUCAGUCUAACCAAUGUUGUUGUUUUUCAUGAUUAAUAGACGAAC